AUGGCGCUGAAGGUUUUGCGCCCUUCUUUGUUAGUAUGCCUAAUUACAGCAUUGUGCUUUCAUGUUUCCAAUGUUGUGGCACAGCAACAUAAUUUUUCGCAAAUCCUCGGCCUGAGUUACAAGUUUUACGAAGCUCAGAUGUCGGGCGACGUGCCCACCUGGUCGCGCGCCUCCCAAGCGGCUGGCGGUUGGCGCAACAAGAGCCACCUGCUUGACGGUACUGGUCCCAACGGCAUCGGGGUGGAUCUGUCCGGCGGCUGGUAUGAUGCCGGAGAUCACCUGAAGCUGCACCUGCCCCUGGGUGUAUCCGCCAGCCUCCUGUCGUACGGCGUGCUGACGUGGGAGGCCGCCUACCGCGCCGCUGGCCAGUGGGAUAUCGCCGUACGGAACCUGGACUGGGUUGCGUCGUACUACCUCAAGUGCCACUAUCAGGCCAGUGACACCCCCUCCGCCAACGCCUUUGUGGCCCAGGUUGGAGAUGUUGACACCGAUCACAACACCUGGUGGGGUCGCCCCGAGCAGCAGGCGCAGGGCGGGUCGCAGGGCUCGCCUGGAUGGAGGCCCGUGCAUGUCAUCACAGCCGCAGGGGGCCGAGGUGCAGACAUUGUGGGGGAGGCUGUUGCCACGCUGGCGGGUGUGUCUCUUCUUCUGAAGCGCCCGGGCGCCUACUCGAACCCCACACGGGCGGCCACGUUGCUCAGCCGGGCAAAACAACUGUUCGAGUUCGCAAAGACGAUCAAAAACACGUGGGGUCCUACUUCCGGCUCCAACGCCUACCCCAGCUCCAGCUACAAUGAUGACCUGGCCUGGGCUGCAGCCUGGUUGUGCAGGGCGGAUGUGGACGGUGGCGCCAUGAGCUUGACUGCCAGUGCCGCUUGUAAUGCCGCGCCCUCGCUCUGGGACGCCACCAAGUACGCGAACCUGGACUUGUCCUGGGACAACGUGGCAGCUGCUGCGGCGCUGCUGCUCCGGGACACCGGGGCGGGUGGGGCGACCUACGUGGCCAGCUACGACGACUUCGUCAACCGACUGCUGACAAGGUGGACUGGCAGUGGCGCCUGCAGCACUGGCGCCACACCCUGCAUGACCCCCGGGGGCCUGGCCUGGUACAGCGACUGGGGCAGUGCAAGAUAUGCAGCCAAUGUGGCGCUGGUGGCGCUGGCAGCGGCGCGCAGUGACGGCGGCGGAGGCGCGGCGCUGACGUCAGCAGCUCGGGCCAGUCGCAUCUGCUGGGCCAAGAACCAGGUUUCGUACAUGCUGGGUACCAACCCGCAGAGCCAGUCCUUUGUGGUGGGGUACAAGCCCACGACCUCGCACAAGGCGCCUGAGAAGCCCCACCACCGCAGCUCCAGCUGCAACCCCAGCUACGCCAUCACCUGCGACUGGACAGCGCUGGACGCUGCCGGCCCCAACCCCAGCGUGCUGGCGGGGGCGCUGGUGGGGGGACCGGGUCGCGAUGACAGCUACGUGGACAACCGCCGGGACUACAUGAAGAACGAGGUGGCGCUGGACUUCAAUGCAGGGUUCACAGCGGCGCUGGCGGGCCUUACGGAUCUGGAGCAAGGCCUCCAACGGAGCGGCCCCUUCCCGCCGCCCUCACCGUCCCCCAGCCUCUCCCCGCCGCCCUCACCACCUCCUAGGCCGUCCUCUCCCCCCUCCCAGUCCCCGCCGCCACCUCCCCUGGCCAGCUGCUCCCCCACGGACUAUGCCUGCCAGCAGUGCAGCCAAUCGACCUAUACAGCCCCUGACGCCUGCCGCUCGUGUGUGGGGGCGAUGCGCAGCAUUGGUCAGGACCCAUAUCGGUGCUUCUCGUGCAGCAACGGAGUAACAGACCCCACCAUACAGGGCAUCUGCUUUACGGAGUGCGUUCCACCCACGGCUCUUAAGGGCGCGGACUGGAGCUGCUCCCAGUACUGCUCAGCUCCCGCCCUGGUGGCUAACGACCCGACGCGCGCCCGGGACUGCAUCUCCUGUGUCAAGGGCGUCUCCAACCCCUGGGACUGUUACAACUGCAUGGCGGUGACGGCAUCACUGUCCGAUUCUGCUGCGGCCCGCGCCACCUGCUUCAAGUGUGUGACCACCACAACACUGGGCGGCUGGUCCUGCGGCGACUGCGCCUCCAGGGCAACCCCAGCGGAACGGGACAGCUGCAUCAAGUCCAGGGGCGGCCGUCGUCUGUUGGCUGGGGAGAAUUUUUAG